GGCGGCGGCGGCGGCGGCGGCGGCGGCGGCAACAUGGAGAGCGGGGCGUACGGCGCGCCCAGGGCGGGCGGCUCCUUUGACCUGCGACGCUUCGUGACGCAGCCUCAGGUGUUGGUGCGCGCCGUGUGCUUGGUCUUCGCCUUGAUCGUGUUCUCAUGCAUCUUCGGCGAGGGCUACAGCAACACCCACGAUUCCCAGCAGCAGUACUGCGUCUUCAACCGCAACGAGGACGCGUGCCGCUACGGCAGCGCCAUUGGGGUGCUGGCCUUCCUGGCCUCAGCCUUCUUCUUCGUGGUCGACAUCUACUUCCCCCAGAUCAGCAAUGCCACUGACCGCAAGUACCUGGUCAUCGGUGACCUGCUCUUCUCAGCUCUCUGGACCUUCCUGUGGUUCGUUGGCUUCUGCUUCCUCACCAAUCAGUGGGCAGCCACCAAGGUGAACGAUGUGCUUGUAGGAGCCGACUCAGCCCGGGCGGCCAUCACCUUCAGCUUCUUUUCCAUCUUCUCCUGGGUAAGUGGACCCAGGGUCCUGGUGUCUCUGGUGAAGGGUGGUGCAGGGCUGAGGAACCCAAACCUUGGGGCUCCCUGCAGGGCCUGCUGGCCUACCUGGCCUACCAGCGCUACAAGGCUGGAGUGGACGAAUUCAUCCAGAACUACGUGGACCCCACUCCGGACCCAAGCACGGCCUACGCCUCCUACCCAGGCAUGCCUGCGGACACCUACCAGCAGCCGCCCUUCACCCAGAACGCCGAGAGCACCGAGGGCUACCAGCCACCCCCUGUGUACUGAGCUGCAGCCAGGACGGUUUGGGGAGGGAGGAGGGUGCCUGGGGGGCCUCCCCUCCUCCCCGGCUCCUCCCCCAGGGCUUGGCUCCUAGAGCCUCUGGCCCCGCUCUAUGCACCUGGCGCCUGUCCGAACUGACACAGGGCCUGGAGAGAGAGCCCUGAAGUGCCUGUGCCCCAAGGGCUUCACCCACCACUCCUCGAGGGCAUUUUUUAGGAAAGGGUUUUUAGCUAGACACAUUUUGUUGCUUUUAAUGACCGGCAUCCCCACCGGGAAUAGCUCCAGGCGCCCGACAUGCUCUUUUGACAAGUGCCUUAGCUUCUCCCCAGCCCGGGAGCUGGGCCCAUGUCCAGGCACCGGUGGUGGCAGCCUUUUUGGGUUCUCUGCCAAAGACGAGGCUGCGGGGCCUUCUCUCUCCUGCCGUGGGCACUGGGCUGGGCUCCUUCCCUCCUCACUCAGGUUUGUUCCGCUCCAGCCCCCUGCCUGCUCUGUGGGCGGCUGGCCGUGCUCACUGCUGAAGUGUGUGCUCGCUUGGACCUGUGGUCACACUCUGUGCCAGUGCCUCUGGGUCACCUUCCUGGCAGCCAAGGGGCAGGGCUGGUGCCCACCCCGGGGGACCCUGUCUCUGAUCCCGCCCUGUGGCCACAGGGAGGGGCUUUGCCUGACAACACCCAGCUUUAUGUAAAUAUCCCAGGUCUGUCAGGAGGUGCGAGACGCACCCACAGCCCCCAGGCUGCUCUGAAUGUAUAUUACAAAGCCUUGGGGGAAGGACGCACAGCACCCUUGGAUUCUGUUAGACUAAUUCUGGAGAUGGAAUAAAUGGUUUUCUCAUU